AUGGCGCUGGAACUUGAUACGAAUGAUGCAAGUCGAUAUAUAUGGAAGUGUUGGCAUGUACUAGGAUUACAUCCGACCAAUAAAUAUCGCAAUCUUUAUUGGUGCUAUGCUGGCUUCAUAUUUCUGGCAGCUGUUUGGCAUCCGUUUCAUCUAUUGUUGCAGAUGUUUUUCAUUGGUGAUUUCAUACGCGUCAUUAACAAUCUUUCCAUUAGCUUGACAUUACUUUGUGCCACCGCGAAACAUGUGAUUAUGUUUUACUUCACAAGAGUAAACCUACAAAAAGCGCGUACAUAUUUUCGGAAAUUAGAUGAACAUGCAAAAACAAAUGUAUCGGAAAGGGAUAUGCUUAAUGCUGAAGUACGAUUCUGUCAUCGCCUGUAUUACUGUUACAUAGUGACGUAUUUACUGCCUUUGAUUGCAUAUUCUGUCUUAGGUUACUAUCAGCACUCAUUGCUUUUUGAAGGCUGGUUUCCAUUCGAUUGGACUGCAAAUGAAGGUGCUUAUUAUUUGGCUUAUGGUUCACAAGUUUUUGGCACUAGUAUCACAUUCAUGCAGAACCUGACUUGCGAUACUUGCCCCAUUAUAUAUUUGCUUAUUGCAUUGGCACAUUUACGCGUGAUAAAGAGCAGAAUGUCAAGAAUGGGAAACGUUAUGUUCAAAAGCAAUGAAGAGCGAUAUGAGGAGUUGGCUUUUUGUGUAUCGGUUUAUGAGGAUUGGAUGCAACUUUUUUUAAGUGUACGUCCUGUUGUCUCCGUUGUGAUGGGUACACAAUUUACGGUGACUGCAUUCGUUGCAUGUUUUUCAGCUGUCACUUUUAUGGAUUCGCAGAGAAGUCUUCUACAAGUGACUGUAUCUACUACUUAUCUAAUGUGUAUACUAGUUGAGGUAUUACCCUGCUGUUGGUGUGUGAAUGAAUUAAUCGCUGAAACGAGAAAACUAACUAGUGCUUUGUAUAGUUGUAAUUGGUACCAACAGAACACUAAAUUUCGACGAGCUUUAAUUAUUUUUAUGACCAGAUCGCAACAGGAAGUAAAUAUAUUGGCAGGGAAUAUAGUUCCAGUUACACUACAAACAUUCAUUUCGAUGGUCAAAUUUUCAUUCUCAAUGUAUACUUUACUUAACGAAAUACGUGAAUAG